CACCUACAGGACAGGUCAAAUAGGCCCGUGUGCCCAUCUGCGAGACACUUGACUUUCUCACGGGUACGGGUACGGUACACACAGAUACAGCCAAUGUCUGCCAACGAUUACUACCGCGAUUACGCUCCUCCUCAGGGACCGCCGCCCGGGCAGCAAUACGGGCCUCCUCCUCAGCAUGGGGGCUUCGCUCCUCCACCUGGACCUCCCCCGAAUCAAGGUUAUGCACCUCAUCCACCACAGCCCAGCUACAGCCCCUACAACGGCAACACUCAGAACUCCCAGCUAUCCUACGCCCCGCCUCCCCCACAGGCUCCGCAGAAAUACCCCGAUGAUCCGCCGCCAUACACCACCUUUGAGGAGAAAUUCGUCAUCGCGAAGCCGAAAUACAACGACAUAUGGGCGGCGAUUCUCUUCCUGGUGGACUUCUUUGGGCUCGUCGUCGUCAGCGGGAUCUCCCUGAAUGCCUAUCGUGUCACGAAGGCUACCAAUGGGAACGGGAUCUAUGAUGAUCGGAACAAUGACUUUGGACUGUCGACGAAUACGAUGAUCCUAUUUGCGUUUGUACUUGCUGUCGCAUUUGUGACGUCCGCGGCGUAUUUUUUUAUUGCGAGGAGGUUCACGAAGAGCUUGAUUUGGAUUACGGGGAUUUUGAACAUUGUUUUCGGAAUUGGAACGGCGAUUUACUAUUUCUACCGCGGGCAACUCGGCGCUGGAAUCGUUUUCCUUAUCUUUUCCGUCUUCUACGCCUUCUGUUUCUGGUCGUGGCGAUCCCGGAUUCCAUUCUCGGUGUUGAUGCUCCAGACGGCCAUCGACGUGGCUAAGAACUACGGACACGUCUUUAUGGUUUCUGCCAUCGGCGGCUUCGUAGCGCUAUGCGCGGGUGCUUGGUUCGCGGUUACCUUUGUCGCUGUGUAUAUCAAGUACACGCCUAGUGCGAAUAAUCCCGCAUGCGGCGUGGACGGUGGAUCUUGCUCGAGUGGGAAGCUCAUUGGACUGCUGGUGUUCACGGUGUUCUCGUUUUAUUGGCUUAGUGAGGUGAUAAAGAACGUGAUGCACGUGAGCGUGUCUGGUGUUUACGGGUCAUGGUACUUCUGCUCGCGCACCCAAAUGCCUUCGCACCCAACACUGGGUGCCUUCAAGCGCGCAAUGACGUACUCCUUCGGCUCGAUCUGCUUCGGCUCCCUGGUCGUGUCGAUCAUUCAGCUGCUGAAGCAGGGUGCGUCGAUCGCCCAGCAGAGUGAGGCUAUGGAUGGGAAUAUUGUUAUGUGCUGUGUCUGGGCUGUUGCGAACUGCAUACUGGGGCUUGUGCUGUGGUUGAUUGAAUACUUCAACCACUAUGCCUAUUCGUACAUAGCCCUCUACGGUGACGCCUACGUUCCCGCCGCCAAAUCCACCUGGCGCAUGAUGAAAGACCGCGGCAUCGACGCCCUAAUCAACGACUUGCUUGUCGAUCCCGUCCUCACCAUGGGCGCCGUCUUCGUCGGCUACCUCUGCGCACUCCUCGCCUACCUCUACCUACAAUUCACCAACCCAGUCUAUAACAUGGACGGCUCAUUCACCGUAGUCGUAAUGGCGUUCUCGUUCCUGGUGGGACUCCAGAUCGCAAAUGUGUUCUUGGUGCCCAUCAAGUCCGGCAUCGCUACAAUCUUUACCGGUAUGGCGCAUAGUCCGGACGUCAUGAUGAGGGACCAUCCAGAACUGUAUCAGCGCAUGGUGAAUGUGUAUCCGCAUAUGCAACAGAUGAUUCAUGCUUAGUGUAGGACUGUAAGAAUAAUGGUACUGGGGGUUUUGUCAAGGGAAUAGACUGUGUAGUUUUAUUUCGGUGUGUAAGAGACUUUAAUGAAUGAAUCACUAUUUUGUACUCGAG